AUGGUCCAAGGUUACAAGGGGCCGACCAUCGUUUUCCUCGGACUCCUGCAGGCCCUCUGCCUGCUGGCCCUCCUGGCCGUCCGCCAGCGGGCUAUCGGCCUCGCCGCCGCCGCCGCCGCUGCGCCUCCGCCGCCGCCGCCGGCCACGCCGCCGCUCGAGCGGCGCGACGGCAGCGCCGGCGGCGCGCCCGACGACUUUGCGCCACUGGCGGCGUCCCUGUUUGGGAUGCACGGCCUGCAGCUCUUCUACUGCAGCGGCCACUUUUGCGAGUUUUCCGGGCUGCAGUACGCGUCGUCAUUCAUCGGGUUCGAUGACAUGGCGCCCCUGGUGUCGGGCCCGCUGCUCUUAGUCAACACCUUUGGGCCGCUGAUGCUGUUGUGCCUCUCGCUGCCGCUGGCCGUCGCCGCCGGCCGCCUGGCAGGGGGCAGCGGCGGCGGCAGCGCGGACACCGCGCGCGGCGGUGGCGGCGAGGGGCAGGGCGCCCUGGCGGGGGCGCUGCUGUGGGCGAGCGGGGCGCGCGCGGCCGCGCUGUGCGUGUGCGUCGCGAGCGCGGCGGUGCAGCAGGGGCACAUACUGCUGUGGGCGAUAUUCGCGCCCAAGCUGGUUUUUGAGAUGUGGCUGUGCGCGGUGGCCGACGCGUUCCUGCUGCUGGGCGCCUGGGUGUUGCCUGCGUGGUGA